GGGCUGCACGAUUAGAUAUUUUAUGCAGCUAUUGUUACAGUUGUAUCUCCCGCCAAUAUCCCCAUCCCUAAUUAUGUGUUGGUCUCUGCCAAACGGCGGGUCAAUUAGCCAGACGCCUUUGUCUACCUGUUGUAUGGGACAGUAGAGGGUAAACCGUCUGAGCGACAGGACCAUAGGAGGGCGCUUUGCUUAUUGCUUAUUGCUGGCUCCCCCUCGCGGACUAUUUUCCAUUCCCUUUUCGCGUGUCUCCUUUUUUUUCCGCUUCACUGUGCGAAUCCCAAGUGAAGGGCCAACUAUUACGUUUGACUUAUUUUUGCCUUUUAGAGAGUAAACUCAAGAGUACUGAGUUAAGAUCGUAACACUAUAUGGUAAGUACAGACAAAAAAAGAGGAAAACUAUGAGAUACUUGGUCGAUGUUGAAUGGCUCCUGAAGCGCCAUUGUUCUCAACGUUCCAUUUUCUUGGCCAUUUCGGGGCUGGCAGUGAUAGUUCUGUGUAUGUGCGUAGUACUACCUACGGUUGAUUUGCAUCAGUUUAGAGGGAAAAGUUUUCAUGAUGGCUAUACGGGCCCAUUCAAAUCAGUUUGCAGUCGCCAUGCUGAUCGGAGAGGUGCUCAUCAAAAAGUCAUUGGCUAUUCACUCUACGACAACCUCUCAUCACCCAUUUUUGCCAGAAAAUAUUUAAGACACUUUAACGCGACACUGCAUACCGUUCCUUUGGCCUAUCCAGGCUGGGUGGUGAGAAUUUAUCACAAUUUAACGAUGGACGAUGAUGAAGGAUGGAAAGUCCUUGAGAACACCAUAGAUUUCGGAGACCACAUUGAUUUGUGCAAUGCAACUGAGCUGAUCAAGAAACUCAAUUUGACCGACUUGUUUGCCAUGACCUGGCGCUGGCUGCCGUUACUGGAUGAGAUGGUGGACAUGUCAAUGUCCCGUGACUCGGACUCUGCCAUAAUAGCUCGUGAAGAGGACGCCGUUCGUGAAUGGCUGGCAAGCGACCGCACCUAUCACAUCAUGAGAGACCACCCUCAACACUGCGUCACCUUCCUUGGAGGUUGCUGGGGAGUGAAAAUAAGCCAGGAUCGUUCGACAAUUGUCGACGCAGCGCAGAGAAUGUUCCACGAAAAUCAUCGGCAUACGUACGGCUAUGACCAACAAUUACUAGAUAGGCUCUUUUGGCCGAUAGCUCAAAGUAGCAUGAUAGCUCACGACAGCUAUUGCUGUGAAAGAUUCCCGAAUAGUAAGCCAUAUCCGUCGCAGAGGAAAGAUGGCCUAUUCGUCGGCAGACCAAUUUAUUCAAAGGCCAUAUUGAAAUCUCCGUGUCCACAAAAAUGUCGCCCAGCAAAUACGACGUCCGAAUGGACCUAUUGCUGAAAGGACACAUCAACAAUAGAGUGGACGUCCACUGCAAAUCUAUCCCACAAAAGUCCUAUUUAUACUUAAAGAAUUUCGUGUUUAAUUUAUGAUUAUUUUUGUUUUCCUUUUACCAGAUCACAAACCUAAGGACCUAUAAUGAAAGCCUUUCCCGUUCAAUAUGCAAUAGUUAACCUAUACUGUGUAAGCAAGCCAUACAAAUUUCGGGCACAGGUCA